CGGACGUGUUUUGGCCGCAAAGUUAAGAGCCAAAUAGAAUUCAAGGGGAAUACCCGUUGAUUUCGGAACCCGUUUGUUCAUUCAUAAAGCCGUGUGUUUUUACGCGAAGCCCACAACAAACUCGCAAUCGCAAUCGCAUUCGCAUCCUGGAGGACAACGACAUUUAUCUCGUGUGUGUGUGAGUGCUGAACUGUGUGUUUUUGUGCCGACAGGAAAUACACCGACCAAGGUGAUAGAGAAAACACAUAGUAAUUGCUAAGGAAAACCGAGUUAGUGGAUGUCCUUUCAGUUUGGCGCGGAGAAAGCGCGCGCGGCUAAUGCAUUUCGCCCGCGAUAAAGUUAUACCAUUAAGGCGUCGUGAGGUAUAGUACAUAUGCAAAUGUCAGCUUGUUAACGACAAAGUUGAAUGAUUGAAAAUGCAAAUUGCGAUUGCAACUGACUUGCUGCCGUGGCUGUAUAUCGUGGAAAACAGGUGCUGCACCGCCAUCACCACAAAUUAACCCACCGGCGGUGCCGACGACAACUAGUUAAAGUGGCGGAAAUGACACAGUCAAAAUGUAUCGCUGCAAAAAUUGGUUUUGUGCUAGGAGCAACAACAACAACUACGUCGAUGUGGCACUAAAUGAAGCGCCACCAACAACACCCAAUAGCCGCAACAACAACGCCAGCAACAACAACAACAACGCGAGAAGCAACAGCAGCAAAAGCAAUCAGCAGCCAAGCACCACCACAGCGGGUCACAGAGCUGCCACCACCCACUCCAACCACCCAACCCAUCCAACCCAUACCACCCACCCCACCUAUCCAACCCCCUCCGAUGAGGCAUCACCGCCACAGGCCCACGUGGUCACCUUUCUGGACGAGACCACAGCGAGCGGGAGCAACGGAGCCGUGACCAGCAGCCGCCUGGUCACCACCGCCGAGCUGCACCAGGCCCACAUGCUGGAGCACCACUCGAAUCUGGACGCCAUCGAGCAGGCGGACGACUUCAUAUACGGCCCCGGUGCAGGAUUGUCGCUCUGCGACGACAGCCUGCCCUCGGCCAAGAAUUGCUAUCGCCUGGUCAUGCUCGGCUCAUCACGCGCCGGCAAGUCCUCGAUUGUGGCACGUUUCCUGGGCAAUCGGUUCGAGGAGGCCUACACGCCGACCAUCGAGGAGUUCCAUCGCAAAUUGUAUCGCAUACGGAAUGAGGUCUUUCAAUUGGAUAUUUUGGAUACUUCGGGCUAUCAUCCGUUUCCCGCAAUGCGACGUUUAUCAUUUCUAACUGGGGAUCUGUUUAUCCUCGUCUUUAGCAUGGAUUCCCGAGAGUCCUUCGAAGAGGUGGUGCGCCUGAGGGAGAAUAUCCUGGAGACCAAAUGGGCGGCCCUGAAUCCUGGUUCCGGCUUCAAGAAGAAGAGCCUUCCGAAAAUACCCAUGAUUCUAGCGGGCAAUAAAUGUGAUCGCGACUUCAAAACUGUGCAAGUGGACGAGGUGAUGGGCUACAUCGCUGGCCAGGACAACUGCUGCACCUUCGUGGAGUGCUCGGCCCGUCAGAACUACCGCAUCGAUGACCUUUUCCACUCGCUGUUCACGGUGUCCAAUCUGCCGCUGGAGAUGACCCCGAAUCACCAUCGUCGACUGGUGUCCGUGUUUGGGGCACCCUCGCCCCUCCCUCCUCACGGAUCCGCGGUGGGCGGAGCCAAGAAGAACGCGCUGUCCAUCAAGCGGAGAUUCAGCGAUGCCUGCGGGGUGGUGACCCCGAACGCCCGACGUCCCAGCAUCCGCACCGAUCUCAACCUGAUGCGCUCCAAGACGAUGGCUUUGAACGAGGGCGAGGGGGUGAGGAGUCCCUCGCGAUGGAACCGCUGCGCCCUGAUGUAGAUGAUGUGGAAAACGAGGGCAGUGUGAUAGUAGUGAUGAGCGGAUCCUUGGGGAUAUCAGCUAGGUCCCAGUUAAUGGAGCAGCAACUAAUUAUAAACGCAGCGUUUGGGUGAUUUCGAUAUUAUAGUGUAUAUACUCGUUUAGUCUGGCCGCGGCAAGUGUGUUGAAACUAUUAAUUAAUUAUGCAUUUAGCACUUUCUCGCCAUCAAUGGACACAGGCAAAAACCGCACAAUAUGCAUAAUUAAAAUUUGAAGAGAUACUUUGACAUUGCCUACCGAACAGAAGCAUCCACUCACCUCUGCCUGACCAAUGUCCAAUCUGAAUACACCCACGCACUUGAUGCUCAGAUUUUACCUCUUCAUUUUUGUAUUCAAUUUUCCAUUUUAAUUGUAUUUGUAAUUGUGAUCGUUGUAAUUGCACAUUUACUUGACGCACACACAAAAACCAAAACGCAGAGGACAAUAAUGUUAAAACGUAUUCGGAAUUGCGGGAUUCGUAAUUGUUAUUCAAAUUUAAUUUAUAGAUUUAACUAAUUGAAUUUACAUGAAUUUAUAUUGAGCUAAUUUAAUGUUAUCGUUGAUUGUUGAAGAUACCAAUUUGAAUAUUUGAGCAUUAGCAAGUCGUUCUGUUUCGAUACACACACUCAACUCAACUGUCAACCCACAAAACCUUUCGAAAGAUUGCAUAUCAGCCAAAACUGGAACCGAAACACACCGAAUCAAAACUACUGAAGGAAAUCUUGACCAACAAACAUACCAACUAACUCUACUGUAACACUUGUACACCGAUUAUGGUUAACUAUCUUGCAAAAUUAAAGAAAAAAACCUAUAAUAUACACACUUCUAGCGUUAAACCGAAUUUAUCAGAUCUGUUCUCGAUUCGAUUAGGGUUCGAUGAGGCGGAUUUCCAAUCGAGAACAGCUCCGUAAGUUUAGCAAAUUCGAGUUUCAAUCUAACCUAAGCAACAGCAACAAUUUUCGCGAGUUUAACAUUUAUCAAGUAUUAUCGAUAAUGGAAUUACAGAAACACAUGCGUUUCAUCGCGGCAUGAAACCAAGACCAAAUGAUUAUUCUAGCUAUACUUACCAGUGACAUAAACGCUAACCUAAAUAUGUAUUACCUUACAAGUUAAUAAGAUUUCAAGCAUAUUUUAGGCAAUUAUCGUUAAUGUAAACAUAAAAAAAAAGCAAAGUGCAAAUAUUUACAAAUUUCGCGUUGGGCCAAAGUGCACGAAUAUAAAUAUAUAAAUUGAAAUAAGAAUAGUACCCCAGAUUUGGGUGAUUAUUCGACGAAGUUAAAAUGAUUUACGAUUAACCAUAAAAGCUAACUUUUUAAUGCUUUGGAUUUGCAUUGUUUAUUUACAUAUUACGUAUAUUGCAAACGAUUGAAUUACGAUUAAAUAA